UUGACUAUUGUAGUUAUGUAUAGUUAUAUGCAUCUGCAACAACAAACCAUCAAGAACUGUUCAACAUUCACAACAAGAAUUAGCAUGAUUUUAGUUCCAUUGUGAUCCCCAUUUUUGUCGAAUAAUUGGCAGCAUAAUUUGACAGCAGAAGGUGUGGAUUGUUCUUUGCAUUUGUAAUUUUGGAUGGCUCAAGAAAGAGAACCCAAAAGAACAGGAUCAAGUAUUAAAUUAUUAUCCACAAAUCUUUGCUUGGGAAUUGUUGACGAGUUUCGUCAUAAAAUCCAAAAAUUGAGAGAAACAAUAAAAUAUUUGGGCAGCCAUUGAAUAUCCUAGUUUUCCACGGCCAGCCAGCGGCUGAUGCUGCAGGAAGAUGCUUGGCAGUCCAUUUUGUCAGCUUCUCCUUCAUCCCUCCCUCCUCAAAAUCCACAACUACACUUCCCGUUUCGCUUUCGCUUCCCCAAAUAUAUAAUCCAAAUUGAAAGCCCCACAAUGCUCGCAAUCUGAAUUCCCUCACUCUCACAUUCAUCGCCAAUUCCAGACACACGCCUCUGAAACUCCCACAACCACCACAACUUGCCCCCUUUUCGUGCAGGCCGGCCCUUCUUCCAUUUUUUGCUCUCCCGGCUUCCCACCUCCAAAUUCUGUUCACCUGAGGUAAAAAGAUCAGUUCUUUAAUCUCUAAGUCAUCUGGGUAUUGGCUCUUUCAAUCCGUUCCGCCAGCACACUCUUGGGUUCUGGUGUUUCCAUGUGAUGUUAGGAGGCCUUUGAUUGGGUAUUCCGGAAUUGAACUUGUGAUUGUUAUUUGUAGAGUGAGUGAAGGCUGUGGAAAUGGCAACGGGAGCUGUGCCAGCAUCGUUUACUGGUCUCAAGACUGGGGACACAAGCUUGGGGUUUGCUAAGAACAUGGACUUUGUGAGGAUCUCUGAUGUCAGGAGGAUCAAGUCCGGUAGGAAAAAGAUCUCCAUGAUCAAAAACUCUACUGUUGAGCUUCAGCCUGCAUCCGAGGGGAGCCCUUUGCUUGUUCCGAGGCGAAAAUACUGUGAAUCAGUAAACAAGACUGUUAGGAGGAAAACCAGCACAGUGAUGGUUGGAAAUGUGCCGCUUGGAAGUGAUCAUCCUAUUAGGAUUCAGACCAUGACAACUACUGAUACUAAGGAUGUCGCUGCAACUGUUGAACAGGUGAUGAAAAUUGCUGAUCAAGGGGCUGACAUCGUUAGAAUAACAGUUCAAGGGAAGAGAGAAGCAGAUGCCUGCUUUGACAUUAAGAACACUCUUGUGCAGAAGAAUUACAAUAUACCUCUUGUGGCGGAUAUUCAUUUUGCUCCCUCUGUUGCAUUGCGCAUAGCUGAAUGUUUUGAUAAGAUUCGCGUGAACCCUGGAAAUUUUGCUGAUAGGCGUGCUCAGUUUGAGCAGCUGGAGUACACAGAGGAUGAUUAUCAGAAAGAACUUGAGCACAUUGAGCAGGUUUUUACUCCAUUGGUGGAGAAAUGUAAGAAGUAUGGUAGAGCAAUGCGUAUCGGAACAAACCAUGGAAGUCUUUCUGAUCGUAUAAUGAGCUACUAUGGUGAUUCCCCACAGGGAAUGGUAGAAUCUGCAUUUGAGUUUGCAAGGAUAUGCAGAAAAUUGGACUUCCAUAAUUUUGUUUUCUCAAUGAAAGCAAGCAACCCAGUUAUCAUGGUCCAGGCAUACCGUCGUCUUGUUGCUGAAAUGAAUGCCCUGGGUUGGGAUUAUCCUUUGCAUUUGGGUGUCACUGAAGCAGGAGAAGGUGAGGAUGGAAGGAUGAAGUCCGCUAUUGGAAUUGGGACUCUUCUUCAGGAUGGUUUGGGCGAUACGAUUAGAGUUUCACUUACAGAAGCACCAGAGAAGGAGAUAGAUCCUUGCAAAAGGUUGGCCAACCUCGGUAUGAAGGCUGCAGAACUUCAGCAAGGAGUGGAACCAUUCGAGGAAAAACAUAGGAGAUACUUUGAAUUCCAGCGCCGAACUGGUCAAUUGCCAGUACAGAAGGAGGGCGAGGAAGUUGAUUACAGAGGUGCCCUGCAUCGUGAUGGGUCUGUUUUAAUGUCUGUUUCCCUUGACCAGUUAAAGGUACCUGAACUCCUUUACAAGUCGCUUGCCGCAAAGCUCAUAGUUGGAAUGCCUUUCAAGGAUCUUGCCACAGUUGACUCGAUCUUGUUGAGAGAACUUCCUCCAGUGGAUGAUGUUGAUGCUCGACUGGCUCUCAAAAGGUUGAUAGAUAUCAGCAUGGGUGUAAUUACCCCAUUGUCCGAGCAGCUGACAAAGCCGCUACCCAAUGCAAUGGUGCUUGUCAAUCUUAAGGAGUUGGCUUCUGGCGCACACAAGCUUUUGCCUGGAGGCACUAGAUUGGUCAUCUCGGUUCGUGGUGAUGAGUCUUAUGACGAAUUGGAAAUCUUAAAGGAGGUUGAUGCCACAAUGAUCCUCCAUGGUCUACCAUAUGGAGAGGAUAGAGUUGGCAGGGUCCAGGCAGCUAGAAGGUUAUUUGAGUACCUACAAGAAAAUGCUCUAGAUUUCCCUGUGAUUCACCAUAUCCAAUUUCCAUCUGGGGUUCACAGAGAUGACUUGGUAAUCCAUGCCGGAGCAAAUGCUGGAGCUCUUCUGGUAGAUGGUUUAGGAGAUGGUAUCCUUGUCGAAGCAGCAGACCAGGACUUUGAUUUCCUGAGGAACACUUCUUUCAACUUACUACAAGGUUGCAGAAUGAGGAACACAAAAACUGAGUACGUUUCAUGCCCAUCCUGUGGUAGAACAUUGUUUGAUCUCCAAGAAAUAAGUGCAGAGAUCCGCGAGAAGACUUCACACUUACCUGGUGUCUCGAUUGCAAUCAUGGGUUGCAUUGUGAAUGGACCUGGAGAGAUGGCUGAUGCAGAUUUCGGAUACGUUGGUGGUGCUCCUGGAAAGAUUGACCUUUAUGUUGGCAAGGAUGUGGUGAGAAGAGCGAUACAGAUGGAGCAUGCCACCGAUGCUUUGAUCGAUCUGAUCAAAGAACACGGACGAUGGGUGGAUCCUCCCAAGGAAGAGUGAAGUUAAAACGAAAACUACUGUUGCUACUGCAGUUGGUUAGGGAGAUUGGGGGCCAAGAAUAAAACAAACAGCAAUGAUCAAGAGAUGGAGGGGAAGAAGAGCUUCUUUUUCAUCCUUAUUUUAGGCCUUUACAGUUGUAGUGUAGAUGUAAAUGCAAGGGCUACACAGAUCAUUUAAUGUCUCUCUUAUCUGUGUGACCUGUGGUGGGAAAUGAGAAUGGAUUUAUGAGAAAGGAGAGAGCUUUUUCCUGGACAAUGUAAGAAAGCUUUCUUCUUUGAAUUCCUGUUGUAAUCUUAACUUCAUUUAGUAUUUUACACAUUUCAUAUAAUUUGACCCUCAACUUGGGAAGAUUGUGGCCAUUUUGUCUAUAAGAGCAAAGUUUUGUGACUGUGCUUAAAAUUAGCCCGAAGUUAGGAAGAUUGUGGCCAAUUAUUCACCAAGAUGAAACUUCAGGUACCAGUAGGUAAGAAAGACACCAUUUAUAA